CCGACUCCGGCGACCCAGGGCAGGGCUCCCCCCGCGACCUCGAUUCUAACCAUCGCCGAAACCCUCCAAAACCCUCGGAGCGCACGCCGACGCCAUGCGUCCGUCUCAGGACCGCCGCCCCUUCCGCCCGCCGGACCGAGUCUCGCCGCCUCCCCACCUGCACCGCCAGCAGCGGCCCCGCCAGCCGCCCCCGCACGCGCGGCAGUUCGCGGUGAUCCUCCUCCGCGCGGGCCCCAGCUCCUCCUCCCCGCCGGCCACGGAGGUCGACGCCCUCGUCGCGGGCCUCCAGUCGCCGCCCCCCGACAGCCUAUCCGCCUGCUCCUCCGGCCGCCAGGCCGCCCAACUCCUCUUCCGCUCCCUCCCCACCGCCGCGGCCGCCGCGCGCGAGCUCUGGUCGCUCCGCCUCGACGGCCUCCACCUCCUCACCCCGCACCUCCCCGACGCCGCCCUCGCCUCCCACGCCUACCCCCUCGUCGCCUCCCUCUUCGCCUCCCACGCGUCCCGCCUCCUCGACUCCGGCCUCGUCUCCCGCUCCGCCGCCCGCUCCGCUGAGCUCGCGGUCUCCAUCCAGUCUGUGAAACGCCGCCUGCGCGGUCACAAUAACUUCCGCGACUUCGAUCAGUUCAAUCUCCAGAAGAGAACACUGGAGGCUGAGAAGGAAUUGAUAGAUGCCAAAAUUGCCGAGUACAAAGCAGCCAUGAGUUCGAUAAGGCGUGCCAUGUUACAUGGGACGGAUGACGAGGAGGAAGUGGAUGAGGAAGAAGGGGUGGAUGUGUUUGGGAUUGGGGAAGGAGAGGAUGUGGACUUUGUGAGGUUGCACAUGAUGAUGCUGCGUGAGUGCAGGAGGCUCAACGAGGGGCUACCAAUCUACGCAUACCGCAGAAAGAUUCUCAAUCACAUUUUCAAUAAUCAGGUUAUGAUCUUAAUUGGGGAAACUGGUUCUGGGAAAAGCACACAACUAGUUCAGUUUCUUGCUGACUCGGGUCUUUCUGGUAAUGAUUCAAUUGUCUGUACGCAACCUCGGAAAAUUGCUGCUUUAUCAUUGGCACACAGAGUAGAUGAAGAAAGCAAGGGCUGCUAUGCAGACAAUUUUGUGUCGUCAUGUUCAAGCUUUUGGAAUGAUCAAAAUUUCAGUUCGAAGAUUAUAUUUUGCACAGAUAGUUGUCUUUUAUAUCACUGUAUGAAUGAUGCGGACCUGAAUGGCAUUUCCUAUAUCAUUGUUGAUGAAGCUCAUGAAAGAAGCUUGAACACCGAUCUUCUCUUAGCUUUGAUCAAAAAGAAGCUGCUUGAUAGGUUGGAUUUGCGACUCAUUAUAAUGUCUGCCACUGCUGAUGCUAAUAGACUUGCUGAAUACUUUUAUGGCUGCCAAACAUUCCAUGUGAAAGGGAGAAAUUUUCCUGUUGAAAUUAAAUAUGUACCUGAUGUAUCAGUUGAUGCUUCUUUCAAUAUUGUGCCAAACUCUUUGCGUGGUCCUUGUGCUGCUGCUUCUUAUGUCAAUGAUGUUAUAAGGCAGGUAAGCAUCAUCCACAAGAAUGAAGAAGAGGGUGCCAUCCUUGCUUUCUUGACAUCCCAGCUAGAAGUUGAAUGGGCCUGUGAAAAUUUCACCGAUGCAAGUGCGGUGGUACUUCCUAUGCAUGGAAAGCUUUCCCCUGUGGAACAGAGUCGUGUUUUCAAAAGCUAUUCUGGAAUGAGAAAAAUUAUCUUCUGCACCAAUAUAGCUGAAACAUCACUUACUAUAAAAGAAGUGAAGUAUGUUGUUGAUUCUGGACUGGUCAAGGACAGCAGAUUUGUGCCUAGCAGUGGUCUUAAUGUUCUGAAAGUCAAUUGGAUUUCCCAAAGUUCAGCUAAUCAACGCGCUGGCCAGGCAGGUCGAACGGGAGUGGGGAAGUGUUAUAGGCUUUACUCCGAAGCCGACUUCAGUAUGAUGGAACUGCAUCAAGAACCUGAAAUCCAAAAAGUUCAUCUUGGCACUGCUGUUCUAAGAAUACUUGCUUUGGGUGUUAAAGAUGCACAGAAUUUUGAGUUUGUUGAUGCCCCAAAUCCAGAAGUGAUCAAUAUGGCUGUGAAGAACCUUGAACAGUUGGGUGCUGUCAAAUGUAAUUGUAAUUGCUAUGAGCUGACUGAUACUGGACGCCACUUGGUCAAAUUGGGAAUUGAGCCAAGGCUUGGAAAAAUUAUGCUUGAUUGCUUUGGUUUUGGUUUGAGGAAGGAAGGUGUAGUUUUAGCUGCUGUUAUGGCAAAUUCUAGCAGCAUCUUUUGUAGAGUGGGCACUGAUGAGGAGAAACACAAAGCUGACCUUCAGAAAGUCCGUUUGUGUCACCAAGAUGGAGAUCUGUUCACUCUACUCGCUGUUUAUAAGAAAUGGGAGGAUGGGCAUGAGAACAGGAAUAUGUGGUGUUGGCAGAACAGCAUCAAUGCCAAAACCAUGAGGAGGUGCCAGGAAACUAUAUCAGAACUUGAAAAUUGUCUAAAGCAUGAGUUGAAAAUUAUAAUCCCAAGUUAUUGGUGUUGGAAUCCUGAGGCUCCCAGCGAGCAUGAUAAGUUGCUAAAAAGAAUUAUCUUGUCAUCUCUUGCAGGUAAUCUUGCUAUGUUUUUAGGACAUGAAAGGUUUGGUUACCAGGUGAUUUCAACAGAUCAGAUUGUGAACCUUCAUCCCUCAUGCUCAUUGCUCAAUUAUGGUACCAAGCCAGAUUGGGUGGUCUUUUCAGAAAUCUUAUCCGUCCCAAAUCAAUAUCUGGUAUGCGUAACUGCUGUUGAUCAUGAUGCUUUGUAUGCAAUUCACCCAAUGUCUUCCGUUCAGCAACUGGAGAAACAUAAAUUACAGAUAAAGGUGAUUAGUGGGCUUGGUAAUAACUUGCUGGCAAAAUUUGUUGGCAAAUCUGGCCAAAAUCAGCAGAAGAUCAUCUCACAUCUCAAGGAAGAUUGCAAGGAUGACCGAGUAACUGUUGAAGUUAACUUUAACAAUAACGAAGUCGUGUUAUUUGCUACCGCACAGCACAUGGAAAAGGUCUUUUGCAUUGUUAACAAUGCUAUGGAAUGUGAAGGUAAGUUGAUGAGGAACGAGUGCCUUGAGAGAAGUUUAUUUCCCGAGAGGUCAGGCAGCUCUCCUAUUGCACUAUUUGGCUCAGGUGCUGAGGUCAAACAUUUAGAACUUGGGAAGAGAUAUCUGACAGUAGAGGUUCUACAUCAAAAUGCAAGUGACAUCAAUGACAAGGAGCUUAUUAGCUUGGUGGAUAGUCUUGUCUCCGGUAUUGCUAAUUUUCAUAAAUCCAGUGGAAAUUUCAGGCUAGGCUCAGAUGAAACUAAAUGGGGGAAGAUUACAUUCCUCAAACCUGAAAAUGCUGAAGAUGCUGUGUCAAAAUUGAACGGGGUAGAAUUUCAUGGUUCCUCUCUAAAAAUAGUUCCUGUAUGUUCUCCUGAUAAUCAAGGUUUACGAUUUCCUUCAGUAAGAGCUAAAUUAUGUUGGCCACGUAAGGAAAGCAGGGGCCUUGCACUUGUAACAUGUGCCAGUGGGGAAGCUCAAUCUGUUGUAGAUGACUGCUUUGCCUUAGGAAUCGAUGGAAGGUGAGAGGUCAAAGGUGCUACUAAAAGGGGGCAAUGAGAUAACAGCUUGAAACAAUAGGAGAGAAGUGGUAGCUUCAUGUCGGGGAGUGCUACUUCAAUAACGUCAAAGGUGUGUCUUACAAUUAUGAGAAGACCGAGAAUGGUAUUUUCCGAGUAAAGCUCACUGCAAAUGCCACAAAAACAAUAGCAGAUCUGAGAAGGCCGCUUGAGAUUUUGAUGAAAGGGAAAACCAUAGACCACCCUGAUCUGACAUUAAGUGCAGUUCAGAUGCUCUUAUCCCGUGAUGGUGUAGCACAUUUGAAAUCAAUUGAACAAGAAACUGGUACUUACAUUUUGUAUGACAGGCAAAGUCUAAAUAUUAAAGUCUUUGGACACCACCCGGGCAUGGGCAGCCCGGCCCGACGACCCGGCCCGAGCCCGGCCCGAAAAACCCGGGCCGGGCCGGGCCGGGCUUGACACUCGGGCCGGGCUCGGGCUUUGUUUUGCAGCCCGAAAGGUAGUUCGGGCCGGGCUCGGGCUUCUCUUUUUCUCUUUUUCGGGCCGGGCUUUCGGGCUUCGGGCCGGGCUUGCACGUACACGUACUAAAAAACACCGUUCGGGCCGGGCUUUCGGGCUUCGGGCUUGAGUUCGGGCCGGGCUCGGGCUUGAAAUCAGGGAGUAUUUCGGGCUUCGGGCCGGGCUCAGGCUUGAGAAAUGAAGGUCGGGCUUUUACAAGCCCGGCCCAAAACCCGGCCCGGCCCGAUGUUUGCCCAGGUUUGUGUCCAGCAUCACAUGGCUGAAGCUGAAGCUAAAUUGGUCCAUGCACUUCCACAGCUCCUUGAGAAGCGGCCUCUUGAAAUUUGUCUUCGUGGGCAUAACCUCCCUCCAGACUUGAUGAAGAAAACAGUAGAAAAUUUUGGAGUUGAUCUGGAAGGAUUCAAGACUGUGAUGCCCUCGGUAAAGGUUGAGUUACAUAAACACCGCCAUAUACUUAAAGUUUGGGGCAGUAGAGAGGAUAAGCGAAGGGUGGAGGGGAUGAUCUCUGAGCUGAUAACCUCAGUUA